UCAUUUCAUAUGCAGAGAGAUAACUGUGAACCUGUUGGAAUACCAGAUGGCGCACGUCACUUUGUUCUCAUCGUCUCGAAACUCGCUUCAUCGCUUAUUUCAGUCGUCUCAUGUUUCACACUUUCCAGUUUCCAUCCGGUUCGUUUAUUCUUCUCGCCUCUUCUUCUUCCGGGUUUUGAUAAGAAAAUGAAUCGUGGUUGUAGCAGCACUGGAAUGCAUUCACGUGGAAGAACAGCAUCGGUUGUUCAGUUAUUGGAUAAUCAAGAUGACGACCGUCAAAAUCGAAAUGUUGAGCAGCCAGAAGCCUCCACUAGCAGUAUUGGUGGAAAGAACAACAAUUGGGGAACUACUGGAGGGAAUAUUGUUAGAGAGAGGCCAAUAUACUUUGUUGAUAAGACCACGGAAUCAUUUGAGGACGCGAUGAGCCGAUGUACAUCACCAGAAAAUAUGUUUGUUGUAUUGAAUGAAAAGUUGAAGACGUUUGAUCGCUACCGGAUUGGAGAUCCGAGGUUAUACUCAUCUUUGUGUGAUGCUGCUCAGUUUAUUCAAGUUUUUUGCGACGACAAAAACCGUGCUGCAUCGCAAAAUAUGUUGAAAGACAAUGGAGUUGUAGCUAGCUUGGUGGAGAGUUUAGUGGCUAUUUUCGAGUCUCAUUUGGAGGAUCAAGUGAGCCCGUUAAGAUAUGAGAAACUGACAAAGUGCUGGAGCCAGAUAUGUUCAGCUCUGUGGAAUUGUGUGGAUAAUCCAACAAACGAAAGGAACCAAAAAUUUGUGUUUGGAAAACUUCUUUACAAACUUGAUAAGAUUAUGGAAUUUGUCGAAAACUCUGCCCAGUCUUUCGAAAUUCAAACUGAAGCUUAUGUAGUCACAAUCAUACAACUUCUCAAGGCUUUAAUUGUGGAUAAUUCGACAACACUUGAAAUCUUGAGUUCUCGUACUGGCUUGGUUGAUUGUCUACUUGAAAGCUUUCGACUACGAUUGGAAAUGAACCGUCUGGAUCCAGUCAUGUGGAAAUCUGUUGAUUUGAUGGCAUGGGUAUUGAGCUUGAUCUUUCAGUAUGAAAAUGAUGCAUUGAUAAAGAAAGGAUCGACGACUGAUGAUUCUUUUAUGGAAAAAUUGAAGAUUGAUUGCAAAUUGAGCUCCUUGGUUGAACCAUGUUGUUCAUUUUUGGAUAAAACUGAGGAUAUGGAAAACCCACAAAGCAUUGGGACCAUCCUAUUUUUGGCAAGCAUAUUUUCUCGCAAUCUUGACAAUGUGCUUCAAUUCAACAACUGCAAAGGGAGCCAGGUGAUUCUCAAAAUCCAAGGUGCCAGCCAUCACCCUGCACCAGUUAAACAAUCCUUGGGACUUUUAAUGAAUAUUCUGACUUGUCAAUCCAAACAACUCCGAACUGUCGCCAAAGAAUAUGAAUUUCAACGACCAUCUCCAAUCAAUGACGAAUUUAUUUGUCCAUACGAUGAAAUUACACCCCCUCAAUCCAUUCAAGCAAAUAAUUUUCCAUCAAAACAUGGAAUCAAUCGUAUGUCGACACCUUCUCGGUUACCACAAGAACAAGUAUCACUAAAAUCAAACCGCAGUUAUAUAGGACCAUCUCGACCUCGUCGAUUUUCGCCUAUCUUUACAAAUUCAUUUUCGAGAAAUUCCCCAUCGAAAUUUUCAGAUACGCAGUCUCGCAUCAGUCGUUAUCGCACACCAAGUACUUUUACUGGCAUUGUCACUCAGAGAAGCAAUUUUGAUACUGAAUCCUCUUCAGGAAGACCGGCGAGAAAUGACGUUGCUACCAGUAUUCGUGGGAGUCAAAGCCGCCAUAGACAUGAAUUACCAAGUCACAUUAAUACGAUUCCGAGAGCUUUUGUUGAACCCCACCAGCAUAAAAAAUCAAAUGGAACGAUGGCCAACGAAAUCUCAGCGUUGGGUCUUGUCGACAUGAUUAGAGUUUCAGAGUCAACACCUCAUUUAACAACGAUUGAUGAAAAUCUGAUUCUAUGGUUAGGAGAUGGAUCUAAAAAAUCUCGUGAACCGAUGCCUCAGUCAGUGUCGAACGGCAAGAAAGCUUCUUCUCGAAAUCACUCCAAGGAGGGUACAUUCUUUACAAAUGUUUUAAACUGGUUGUUUAAGUAGUAUUGAACAACUGCAUAUAUAUGCACACAAAUGCAUAUGUGUAGAUAUACUUCUUUUGAUUUUCAUUUAAUUGUCAUUCCAUUCCAUUGUUUGGCUUAGUAAUAUUAUGCAGUUUUUGUUUCAAUUUGAGAAAAGUUUGGAUUUUUAAUCUUACAUAUGUUUAAAGAAUCUGUAGUCCUGCCAAAUAUCUACGUGAAAUAAAGUUUACAGUGGAUUUUAAUACUUA